GUAGAUCUUGUCAAAGCAUAAUUCAAAAUUUGGUGUACCAAAGGGAUUUGAAGUUCAACGCUGGUUGGCUCGGUGGUUUAAGCGGGCCGGCCGAUGCCCCCUUCUCUCGUUCUCCCGUUGUCUUCCUCGUUUCGAUCCACUCCGAAAGACACCCAAUCUGGUUCGGCUCUUUCCAAGUGGCUUUGCAGCUCCAACUCUCUCCUAUAGACUUUCCUUUCAUCCCCCUCUUUCCCACUUUUAACUUCACUUCACCGAUUUAGGUCUCUCUAUUCUUCCAUUUCUUAAUCACCCCAUCUUCUUAAAACUCCCCACUUUCUUCAAAUUUCUCUUUUUUGUUUCUCUUUUACCUCGUUCUCGCAUUUUUAUAGCUUCUUAAUCAUCUGGGUCCUUUGGAUUUCUUCUGGGUAUUACUGUUUUUCUUCUGUUUUCUUUGUCUUGUAUUUCUAGGGUUUUAAAUUUCCCAUUUCAUACACCUCUGAUCUUCUCUUGUAAUUGGAAAUUGGAAAUUUUGGUUUCUGGGCUUUGUUUGUUUCUCUAAUUUACUUUGAGGAUUUUGAGUUCUAAGGCGAUGUCACAAGGGUUUGCGAUCGAGCUUUAUUUCGAUCCAGCACUUGAAAACCAAGUUCUCAAGGCUUGGAAUGUACUAGCUCGCCGUCAAAUUAGUACCCAACUCAUCGAAAUUGAGUCACGUCCUCACAUUACCCUUUUCUCUACCCCGUUUCUCGAACCCACAAAAGUUGAAUCCAUCGUUAAAAAUUUCGCUUCUAAACAGGAGCCUUUGGCUUUGUCUUUAUCGUCAAUUGGCAGCCUUCCCAGUGACAACAACAUUCUCUUCCUCGGUCCAGCGCCUUCGAUUUCACUUCUUCAAUUUCAGUCCCAAUUGUGUGAAGCAAUGAGGAAAGAAGGAAUUGAAAUUGGUGAGGAAUAUCGCCUUGGUUCGUGGAUUCCCCAUUGCGCUGUUGCUCAGGAGGUGCCUAAGGCUCGAAUGGCUGAGGCAUUUUGUGUUCUAAGGGAUUUGAAGCUACCAGUUUCCGGGUAUGCAAUUGAUAUUGGGUUGGUGGAAUUUUCCCCUGUUCGGGAGCUGUUCUCUUUUGUUCUUGGUAACACUGUCGAAGCUUGAAGCUUUGACGCCAUUGUUGUGCUUUAAUCUCAUAGUUCUUCUCUAUGAACUUGUAUAACCUUCAAUUUAUUGUAGCUGUUUUAGAGGUCCUAUUUAGACGCUAGAGCAUUACAAAUAAGGAUGCAUUUUGUAUUUUGUGUUAUGAAUUUGAUAUUUUCUAUAUUGUCUUCAUAUUACAGUUGAAUCUUACGUGCUAGUGCAUUUAAUAAACACAGUUGAUUUGAUUA